CACACUGUUCUCCUGUGCAUCAACGUAAAGAGCACUCGCCUGAGCCGGGAACAGAGUUCUGGGGUUGACUGAAUUCACAUUAAUUAAUUGGCAUACAGUGGAGACCCUUUGGGCAAAAUAGAUGAGGACAACAUCAAAACUGAAAACGGCAACAUUUCGUAAUUUCAAACGUGGAGCAGGCUAUUCACUCUUGGACCGGACUCUUUUGCUGCACCAGGGGCGCGCAAUCUACUUCUGUCAGAGAGACGCACCACCUGCCCCGGAGGAAGCUUUGAACUUCACCAAGGAGUCUUUCAACAUUAUUCCUGAGAAUGGAAUUCAUCUGGACGCUUUGCGCAUUGCAUAGUUGGCAGAAAUGCGCUUGUCCGUUACACUGACCACACAUAAUGUUGGCACUAAUUUUUGUGGUAUCCCAGCGCGUAUGUUGUAAACACAAGAGAAAAGAGGAUGAGAGUGCUUAGUAUGCCUGGGAAAAGGCGACAUCAGAUGCUGGUGGCACUCAGUUGGCUGGUUUUUGCUGUGACGCAGAGCGGAGCAGUUUCCAGAUGGGACCGUGCCUGUAGUCCACCCAUAGGGAACCUGGCUAGUGGCAGGACUCUACUUACCAUCUCAGGCUGCUGUGGUGACACCUCCCACCAUCACAACCCAUGCCCCCACCCUCCUGCGUCCCCGCAUCUUUGCCCUGAGGACCCCCACCCACCUGCUCACAUGACUGACGACCCUUUCUUGCACCCAGAAACGUGGUGGGCAUCAGGUGCAGGUACUGCCAUGCCAACGCAGCAGGACGAGAUCCAGUUGGACCUGGAAACACAGUUCUGUCUGUCCCAUGUGGUGUUGGUGUUCAGGUCACCCCGGCCUGCUGCCAUGGCCAUUGAACGUUCAGCUGACUUUGGGAAGACCUGGGAGGCUCUCAAGCUCUUUGCACACAACUGCAGCACAGAGUUUGGUUUGUCUGAUGAUUUUAGUCAGCCAGGCUCUUUGUGUACGUCUCGUUACACCAGUGCCACCCCCUGCAGCGGUGGGGAGGUAAUAUUACGAACACUGGAACCCAGCACCACUAAAACACUGGACCCAUAUAGUCCACAGGCCCUUGCCCGCCUCACCCUCACUAAUCUCCGCAUCAGACUGCUAAAAGCUCAGACCUGUCUGGCACCUCCAAACACCCCAGCAGAAGGGACAAAACCCACAGCUUCAGCCCUGGCCUCUACAAACACUGCAGAAAACUCAGCCUCGGUACCUUAUGCUAUUUUUACUUUAUUGGCCAGAGGUACCUGCCUGUGCCAUGGACAUGCUGAGCACUGUGUACCAUACAACAGCAGCCAAGACACAAGAAAGCACAGUAACAUGGUGUCUGGCAGGUGUCUGUGUACUCACCACACCACAGGGGACCACUGUGAGAAGUGUGCCCCACUCUACAAUGAUCGUCCCUGGAGACCCGCCAAUGGCAGCAGCGGGGAGCCAAAUCCAUGCCAGAAGUGCGAGUGCCACGGUCAUGCAAAUAGCUGUCACUUCUCCCAGCGAGCAUGGCUUUCCUCCAGUGGCACCAGCGGGGGCGUUUGUGACGACUGCCAACACAACACUGCUGGACGCAGGUGCCAGCGCUGUCGCCAUGGCUACCAUCGCCACCCAUCCCUGCAUCUCAACUCCCCUCAUGCCUGCACAUACUGCUGGUGUGAUCCACAGGGCUCUUUGCCCCUUCGUCCUGGAGAGGAGGGACCCUGGUGCCACCCUAGAAGUGGCCAGUGCCACUGCAAAUCAGGCGUAGGGGGCACAAGCUGUAGCCACUGCUUGCCUGGCUACUGGGGAUAUGGAGAGGAGGGUUGCAAACCCUGUGCCUGCCCUCACAGCUGUGAUCCAACCUCUGGGCUGUGCCUGGACAGCUACACAAAUAAUCAGGUGUUCAAUGUGCCCAGUGGUGGAAAAAUCCCUGAUCUGGAUCAUAUGUUCCCAGCUGAAGAAGAGGUACAGUGGUCAAAGGAGCUUGCAGUCUCUGCUCUGCAUUACACAGGAAAAUGCAGCUGUAAGGAGAAAAAGCUGAGGAGUGUGUCUGACCUGUGUAAGACCAAACAUGAUUAUGUGAUCAAGGCCAGCGUGCUGUCUGCUCAGGACAAAGGCAGCUAUGCCGAAGUACAGGUCAAAGUUCGCAAGGUACUUCGAUCAGGUCAGGUGGCAGUGUACCUGGGGAUUACUAGCAUCUAUCCUCUGUCCUGGACCAGUCGUGGCUGCACCUGUCCUAUACUAAACCCAGGCAUGGAGUACCUGCUGGCAGGCCCAGAAGAGGCUGGGACAGGCCGUCUGCUGGUUACCAUGCAGAGUGUAGCGGUCCCCUGGACACCCAGACUGGGUCUACUUAUAUCAGAGGGUCUGAGGAAUGGAUGUCCGUGAACCAUAUGAUAAAAAAAAGGGCAAGAUGCACUUGAGCUGAUUUCUCAAGGAUACUCACAGGACAGCAGAUAACUAGUACUGAAACCACUGGACAACAAACUGCAUUGGUGAGGGAGAAAUGAUCCAAGAAUCAAACUCAUGGUCACUGUAGAUCAAAAAAAUUAAUACAAGUACUCACAAUAUGUGGCUGUGUACCAAAAUAAAGACUGAAAUAAAUGUUCGGGUGGUCGCACUGAAUGUCUGCUAGUGUGUUGUACUGUAGUGUUGUUGACAUACAAGUUUACUGAUCAUCACCUCACGGCCAUUAGUUGAUUCCAUAUUGGACCAAGUUACAAAUGGAGCCCAGAACCCUAAGAAUCUAUCUCCUCCUUUUCAUUACC